CUUGCGGAGGCAACCCCUCACUGGAGGGGCGUGUGACUGAGCUUUAAGCAACGACACGGUGAAACCCAUGCCUUCAGUGUUAGCUAGCACAUACAAAGCGGUGACGUGCAGAGGGAGAACUUAAUUCAAUUCCGAAGAGGAAGGAUUGACUGCCCUCUUCAUUUUUACCCCCCUCCUAUCGACCGUUUUGACUGACUGUUUCCUUCACCCGCCCCAUGCUCUCUCGAAGUUCGAAGCCGCAUCCUUCACCAGACCCUUGUCUGAUCGGAUAGUGGUGGGGCUGGCUGUCCCGUUCUCCUGGAAGCGGCGGCAGCUUCAGCAGCAGCAGCUGUUCGCUUUUACGCGGAGCGGCUUCUCGGGCAAGGCGCUGCCUGAUUCUGGCACUCAGGAGCAAAGACUUGCGGAGCCCAGCGUGAUUGACUCCCCCGUCAAAUGCAAAGACCCAACCUGUGUUAAUUUCAAGGUGCCCAUAUUCGGAAAGGUGUGCAUCCUACGGCUCGCAGGUUACGCUGUACCGUCUGGUAAAACUGGCGAAUAUUUCCAUCUCUGAUUCACAGCACUGAUGUAGAUUUGUGGAUCUUCGAGAAACAGCCACACCGGCCAGCCCAGUGGUCUGUAGGAAAGAAGAAAAGUAAAUUGUAAUCAAGGGGAAUAUCGUUUGCUUCGAAUCCUCCUGGUGAUUGCGCUGCUCCACAGAUGUUUGUACUAGUAACUCGUGUCUUGUCAGAAUUGAGACUGUGCAGGACGCAACAGACAGCCGCGAGCUUGAUUUGCUAAUCUGUCCACUUUUUAAGUGAAACAUCGCUUAGUCUUGUUUUUUUUUUCUUCAUUCUUGACAGCGAAGGAUUACGUCUGCCUGCUCAUCAUUUCGGAGGAGUUCUGUGAAGCGGGAGUUAUUUUGUUCUCUUAUAGUUGCUCAGACUUCUUUGCUAGGAAAUGGCAACGCCAGCGCCUGGGAGAGGAACAGGGUUGGAAAAGGCGAGAGGAAACCAGAGCUAAAUGACAGGAUGCUGGCGACCUUAGACACAUAAAGACGAAUUUCUACAACGUUGAGACAUUUCUUCUUUUUUUGUCUUUGCUCGUGUCAAGCAAGAAGAAUCAUCCAUCCAAGAUCGCCUAGGAGUUUCGUUUCUUUUCUGAUUUUUUUUUUCUCACAACACAAGGAUGCAUUGUGGAUUAGUGCUGAUCCUCUUAUCGGGAAUCUUCUUUAUUGCCAGGGCUUUCAAAAAUGAUAAAUGCGGGGAUAACAUCAGAAUUACAAGUGCUAAUUAUCUCACUUCACCUGGCUACCCAACCUCGUAUUUGCCGUCUCAGAAGUGCGUGUGGGUGAUAACAGCUCCAGGGCCGUACCAGAGAAUUUUAAUCAACUUUAACCCUCAUUUUGAUUUGGAGGACCGGGAAUGCAAGUACGACUACGUGGAGGUGCGGGACGGCGUGGACGAGAAUGGCCAGCUGGUGGGGAAAUACUGCGGGAAGAUCGCCCCAUCUCCGGUCGUCUCCUCCGGCAACCAGCUCUACAUCAAGUUCGUGUCUGACUACGAGACGCACGGAGCCGGCUUCUCCAUCCGCUACGAGAUCUUCAAAACAGGGCCCGAGUGCUCGAGGAACUUCACCUCCAACAGCGGCGUGAUCAAGUCGCCGGGCUUUCCCGAGAAGUACCCCAACAACCUGGACUGCACCUUCAUGAUCUUCGCCCCCAAGAUGUCCGAGAUCGUCCUGGAGUUCGAGAGCUUCGAGCUGGAGGCCGACCCCACCCCGCCCUCCGGCGUUUUCUGCCGCUACGAUCGGCUGGAGAUCUGGGACGGCUUCCCCGGAGUGGGGCCCUACAUCGGCCGCUACUGCGGACAGAACACCCCAGGCCGCAUCCUGUCCUACACCGGUGUACUCGCCCUGACAAUCAACACCGACAGCGCCAUCGCCAAGGAGGGCUUCUCCGCCAACUUCACCGUCAUCCAGAGGACCGUGCCGGAAGACUUCGACUGCCAGGAGCCGCUGGGGAUGGAGUCCGGGGAGAUCUCCUCGGACCAGAUCGUCGCCUCGUCCCAGUACAACCCCAACUGGUCCCCGGAACGGUCCCGCCUCAACAACUUCGAAAACGGCUGGACUCCGGCGUACGACACCAACAAGGAGUGGAUCCAGGUGGAUCUCGGUUUCCUCCGAUUCGUCUCCGCCAUUGGAACCCAGGGAGCGAUCUCCCAGGAAACCAAGCUGUCCUACUUCGUGAAGUCCUACAAAGUGGACGUGAGCUCCAACGGCGAGGACUGGAUAACUCUGAAGGAGGGCUCCAAGCAGAAGAUCUUCCAGGGGAACUCCAACCCCAUGGACGUGCAGAAGACGGAGCUGCCCAAGCCCACUCUGACCCGCUUUGUCCGGAUCCGGCCCGUGUCCUGGGACACCGGCAUCGCCCUGCGCUUCGAGGUGUAUGGCUGUAAGAUCUCAGAGUACCCCUGCUCAGGCAUGCUGGGAAUGGUCUCGGGCCUGAUCUCCGACUCGCAGAUCACCGCCUCGUCCCACCUGGACCGCAGCUGGGUGCCGGAGAACGCCCGGCUGCUGACCAGCCGCUCGGGCUGGACCCUGCUGCCCCAGCCCCAGCCCUACAGCAACGAGUGGCUGCAGGUGGACCUGGGCGAGGAGAAGCUGGUGCGGGGCCUCAUCGUGCAGGGCGGAAAGCACCGCGAGAACAAGGUGUUCAUGAAGAAGUUCAGGGUGGGCUACAGCAACAACGGCUCCCAGUGGAACAUGGUCAUGGACGCCAACGGCAACAAGCCAAAGGUGUUCGAGGGGAACAUGAACUACGACACCCCGGAGCUGCGCACCCUGGAGCCCCUGCUGACGCGCUUCGUGAGGAUCUACCCGGAGAGGGCCACGCCCGCCGGCAUGGGCCUGCGGAUGGAGCUGCUGGGGUGCGAGAUCGAAGCGCCCACAGCUCCGCCCACCACCCCCGCCGCCACCACCACCAUCCCGGACGAGUGUGAUGACGAGCAGGCCAGCUGUCACAGCGGAACAGGUGAUGACUACGACGCCACAGGGGGCACCACUGUGGCAGAGACUACGAUGGAGGUGGACACUAUCCCAGCGUACCUGUGGUUCGCGUGCGACUUCGGCUGGCCCAACGACCCCUCCUUCUGCGGCUGGACCUCGGAGAUGGACAGCGGCUUCAAAUGGCAGAUCCAGUCCAGCGGGACCCCCACCCUCAACACAGGGCCCAACAUGGACCACACAGGCGGAUCGGGGAACUUCAUCUACACGCUGGCCACGGGCGUGCAGGAGAACGAGGUGGCGCGGCUGGUGAGCCCGCAGGUGACGGUGGACUCGGACCUGUGCGUCUCCUUCUGGUACCACAUGUUCGGCUCGCGGAUCGGCACGCUGCACGUCAAGCAGAGGAAGGAGACGGCCGAGGGCGUGGCCGACAUCCUGCUGUGGACGGUCAGCGGCCACCAGGGCAACCGCUGGCGGGAGGGCCGCGUGCUGGUGCCCCACUCCAGCAAGCCCUACCAGGUGGUGAUCGAGGGGGUGGUGGAGAGGAAGAGCUGGGGAGACAUCGCCGUGGACGACAUCAAGAUCCUCGACGGCCUCAACAUGGCCGACUGCAAGGACCCAGAUGUGCCAACCGAGCCAGUGGAACCCGAUGAUGACAUCAAUGAAAUCAUCGUGGACACAGACUUCCCCGACAUGGGCGAUAACAACGAGAUGGGCGGGGCAGGGAACAUGCUGAAGACCCUGGACCCCAUCCUCAUCACCAUCAUCGCCAUGAGCGCCCUGGGAGUCUUCCUGGGGGCCAUCUGUGGGGUCGUCCUCUACUGCGCCUGCUCCCACAACGGCAUGUCGGACAGGAACUUAUCCGCGCUGGAGAACUAUAACUUCGAGCUGGUGGACGGGGUCAAGCUAAAGAAGGACAAGCUCAACACACAGAAUUCCUAUUCGGAGGCGUGAGGGCAGGGCAGGGGGGCCGGACGACACCUCUGAGGGCGGCAGCAGGGGGCAAACGGGACUGCCGGUUACC